AUGCUUCGACCCAAAGGACAAGAACAGGUGCCAUUCCGUAGCUUUUGUCCUGUCCCCAAACUCUCCACCGUCUCUUCAAAACUGAAUGGUUUGCCCAUCUCCCCAGCGAUGGCCACAAUGUUGCAAAGAAGUCUCUUUGAAAACACCGUCCACGACCUGGGCAGUGACUGGAGGAAGGCGCAUUUCAAGUUUCACCGUCCCUUCUCUGACCUGGCUUUUGCUUUACAAGUAGAAAAGGGAGGUGCCCAGAGCAUUCAGAUGGCAGUGCAAGGUUCCAUCAUCAAACACUUACUGUUUUCCAGAGAGGAAAAACACGGCAGCCUUCACAGCUUACUUAACCUGAGCCAGCGUGAGCAGGAGCGAGCCCUAGCUGCCACACUGGCUGGCAUCCUGUGGACUGCAGGGGCAGCUCAGAAGGCCAUUGUCUGUUUUGUCACCAGAGACAUCCCUAGCACUUCGAUUCUUGACUGCUCUCGCGACAAUUUCAUUGAGAGGUUCCAAGGUGAAGGCAGCCACGGUGUCAUCCUCUUCCUCUACAGCCUAGUCUUCUCCAGAACAUUCGAGAGGCUUCAGAAGGACCUGGACAUCAGCACCACUCAUCUCUUGCAGUCUCGUGCUGGGAGCAUCCUGUGCAGGCAGGCCGUUAUCAAUAUGAUUUUGACUGGGAGAGCAAGUCCAAAUGUCUUCAAUGGCUAUGAGAAAGGAAGGUCUGGGGAAACAUUACAUGGAGUCCUGGCUCGCAGUGACGUUGGCUACUUGCAGUGGGGUAAGGACGCUUCUGAGGGUGACCGACUCUCACAGGUGGGCAGCAUGCUGAAGACGCCCACAUUUCCUAUCUGGCUGUGCAACCUCAGUGGAAAUUAUAGCAUCCUUUUCUGCACAAAUAGGCAGCUCUUAUCGGACUGGAAAAUGGAGCGAGUCUUUGAUCUGCACUUUUACAGCGGGCAGCCCUCCCAGGAGAAGCCCAUGCAUCUUACAAUAGAUACUCGCUCGCAUCACUGGGAAGAGGAGCGCCGUGAGGAAAAACAUGGAUCGGGAAGACGGUUUUCACCGGUGGAAAUGGCAAUCAGAACUAAAUGGAAAGAGGCUACCGUGAACUGGAAUGGAGCUAGUCCCUUUUUCUGA